GGAGCAGACCAGGCUGCAGGAUGAGGCGCUCCGCUCUCUGAGUUCACCAAACUGUUUGCAUACCAAUCUGCCCGCAACACUGCAUGCUCGGCUAAAUAGGGAUCGCACAAAGUCGGAGAGGUGGAUUUUAUUUAGUUGGACGCCGCUGGGUUCACAGUUCACUCCAUUAGACAUCAUACCCGCUGGGUGUUUAUUAUUUUCUACCUGAACACAUUCAUCCAGGCGGCGCAGAUCGGCUCUUUCAGUAACAUUUCCUCAGCUCGACACAGCCAGAGGUUUCGGCACUGAGCUGCGCUUUGAGCCCAUGAAAACAGGAGAGGAGAGAAAAGCGAGAGAAGUCAUCAGCUUCACCUGAACAAAGACGAGGAACACGCAGAUACACAUGGGGCAGGGAGAGGCUUCAGCACGAGGGACCACCAUGGAGGGGGACUGUCUCAGCUGCAUCAAGUACCUCAUGUUUGUCUUCAAUUUCCUCAUCUUUCUGGGAGGCUCUUUCCUCCUGGGAGUGGGAGUGUGGGUGCUGGUGGACCCCACGGGGUUCAGGGAAAUCGUCGCAGCCAACCCCCUGCUAUUCACCGGUGUCUACAUCAUUCUGGGCAUGGGAGGCAUGCUCUUUCUGCUGGGCUUCCUGGGCUGCUGCGGAGCCAUCCGCGAAAACAAGUGUCUGCUCCUCUUUUUCUUCAUGCUCAUCCUCCUCAUCUUCUUAGCAGAGCUGGCUGCUGCCAUCCUGGCCUUCAUAUUCCGGGAGCAUCUGACCAGAGAGUACUUCACCAAGGAGCUGAAGAGACAUUAUCAGGGCUACAACAACAGUGACGUCUUCACCUCCACAUGGAAUGCCAUCAUGACUACAUUUGACUGCUGUGGGGUGAACAGCCCAGAGGAUUUUAAGGACAGCCUGUUCAGGCUGAUCAACCCAAAUCAUAUGGUGCCAGAAGCCUGCUGCCAGCGUGCCAGUCAGACCGGGGAGCUGGCCUACAUCAGCCAGGAGCAGUGCUUAUCAGGCAAUAUGAUGUUCCGCAAUAACAAGGGCUGUUACUCUGCAGUAGUCGACUACUUUGAAUUGUACAUCUACGUGGCCGGAGCCCUGGCCAUUGUGGUGCUAACCAUUGAGCUUUUCGCCAUGGUCUUUGCAAUGUGUCUCUUCAGGGGAAUCCAGUAGAGCUGCUCCAUCUGUGAACUUCUUUUUUUUUUUUUUUUCGAAAAAAAAAGGGAAUUCAGGAGAAAAGAACAAAGUGGACAUUUGUAAAUUUGUGGAUCUCUUUUUCUAUUGGCUAAACUGAUUUAAAAAAAAACUCUUGUACUUCACAGCUGGACUUUUGAGGUACUGGGUGGCAAAAAAAACAAAAACACACAUAGACACACACAUACAAACCAUUGAGAAAGUGGGAGAUCAAAGACAAAACUGAUGUAAAAAGAUUUGUGUGUAAAGUGGAAACAGUAAUUUGUGGACCAGGUCUAGCACAGACUGGGUGUAUCAUGGACUGGGGAUGAGGACCAGGAGAAGCCUGAGCAGAAGGCACUGCACUGACUUUUGGAUGAAGAAUAUUUAUAUUUAGUAAAGUUGGCUGAACUGUAAAACGUGUGUUUCAUGUACACUCUGGCUGUUACCCUCUAUCCUUUCAUACUGUAUACUGUAACAAACUCCCUUCCUCCACAUGCCUUUUUUACAGCCACACUUCUUCAAUGCUGUAUUAUAUAAGCUCUGUGUGCGUGUGUGUGUGUGUGUGUGUGUGUGACUGUGUGUGCUUGUGUGUGUACAUACUGGAUGCUUGUUAUGAAUGUGUAUGAGCUAGUUUGUGAGCAUGUGAGCUCGUGGCUCUGUGACCCCUCCCAAGCUUGACAGCCAACAACUCUACUUCUUUUUUCUGUUUGUAUGGUGAUGUUUAUUGCAUUAGUGGUUAUAUGUGGUUCUAGGUGGUGAAAUGUAUGUGUAUGCAUUUGUAUUAGAUUCUUGAAAAGUCAGUCACAUAAAUGGCAUUUUAAAUGAU